AUGACACCGACUCGAUCCAGCCCUCGUAAACAGCCGGCUGACUCCAGUCGUCUUGACGACAGCCAAGCCACGCUGUCGGAUGGAGCAAGCGAAGCCGAGCAAUGCCACACGAACGUCGAGCCCGAGGGCCCGAUUGUGCACUCACUUAGUGCGCCCCAGAGACCGCCCGGGCUCGAAGCCGCUGUGGCGGGCACGAAGAAGCGCUGGUCGGCCUGUCACAUCGCUCUGGAGGUCCCGUCUCCACGGCAAUGCCCGGCACCGACGCCUGUAGACAGUCAGCACGACGUCUGGUCGGCCUCUCUCUCCGACGACACACCGUCGCCGACGGUGUCUCCGAUCGCUGCGCUCUCCUGUCCUCUCUCGCUUUCGCUCCCGCCAACCGACUUGACAACGCCACAAGCCGAACUGCUGCGCCGUCGUCUCUGCCUCUUCAACUUGACCGAGUCGCCGAUCCGGCCAAGCGGCCGCCUCCUGUCGUCAGGUGCCAUCACCACUACCACCUCCACCGCCGCCGCUACCAACGACAACAACAACAAAAGCCCUGGGGAGACAAACAGCAAAGACGAAGCACUUGCUGCGUUGGAAGCCGGGUCCGGGUCCGAGUUCGAGUCCGAGUACGAAUCCGAAGUUGUGGUUAAUGCUGAGGUCGAGUCCGAGUCCGAGUCGGGCUCCAGGCGGGUCCACGAGGCACCGGAAGCAGCGGUUCAAGUGUUGGCCGGCGGCGGAGAGUCGGCCGGCCACAGAGUGACGCCCGUAAGCCGGAAUCCCCACGGACCGGGGCCUCAGGAGUCGGCCGGAUCCAAACCGCCUGACGGACAAGAGCCCUGCUGCAGUGGGGCUGAGGAGGGUGAACGAACUCGCUGGUCGCACAGAGAGUCCGCAACUUCACAAGCAACGUGCAGAGGCAAUCUUCAGUCUGCAGGACGCCUUAUCCCUCUGCCGGCGGGAGUGAAUAGAAGCAAUUUAGUCACGUGGUUGUCACCCCCUAAUGCCUCUUGGUCUUCAGGUACCCGACUUGUCCUGUGGUCUUUGAUUACACUUUUAGACACUUAA